AUGACCUCUCUCCAGUCCUGCAAAAGAGGCCCCGUGCCAGCGCCGCAGACUUCCUUGACAAGUAAUUCCCAUCUCACAGUUCCAGAUCAUACGACCACCGACGACUCAAAGUCAAUCCUCCUGGACGACCACACACAGACCGACGACGACUACACUUGGGCCAACGACGACUCAACUUUCCUUGACUGUGGAACCGACGACCUUAACGACACAGAUCUCAUGGACGACGCAGACACUCGCAGAAAGCAUGACUCCAUCCUUGGACGACUUGGCUACGACCUCUCCACCCGCGGAAUCGUCCGGUGCGCCUCCAGAAAUGCCGCCAACGACAGAAAUGACAACUACAAUACAAAUUUCAACCAUCACUGACAUACCAACCACAACCGAAAUACCAACCACAACAGAAGUACUAACCACGACA